AUGGAAUCGGAUGAUGAAGGAAACAUUCAAAUUCCGGUACCCACCGGACAACCUCGUGGACGCAUGGGACGCAGGUUCACACUCAACCCGUUGAUUUUUGCAAAGGAAGAACGAGAGGCAAGACGACAGUCCUUAGCACAACUCAAGCUCAGCUAUUAUCCAAAACACAUGAAUCCUGAACACUAUGACACCGGUCUUGGAUUUUGCGGUUGGUUCUUAAUGGGCUUAUCGUGGAUUAUUGUGAUUUCAACAUUCCCAGUAUCAAUCUAUUUUUGUAUGAAAGUAGUACAGGAAUAUGAGCGUGCUGUGAUCUUCCGACUUGGUAGACUUAUUGGAGGUGGUGCAAAGGGACCAGGAAUUUUCUUCGUGCUGCCAUGCAUAGAAUCAUACACCAAGGUGGACCUGAGAACCGUAUCAUUCAGUGUGCCACCACAAGAAAUUCUGACAAAGGACUCGGUGACCACUUCUGUAGACGCUGUCAUUUAUUAUAGGAUUUGUAAUGCAACAGUCAGUGUUGCUAAUGUCGAGAAUGCUCAUCACUCGACUAGAUUGCUAGCUCAAACCACUCUUCGAAACAUGCUUGGUACCAGAAGUCUUUCUGAAAUUUUGUCCGAUCGUGAAACUCUUGCCACAUCUAUGCAAACGAUUCUUGAUGAAGCCACUGAGAGCUGGGGAAUCAAAGUGGAGCGGGUUGAGAUCAAAGACGUCCGUCUGCCAAUUCAACUUCAACGUGCUAUGGCAGCAGAAGCUGAAGCCACUCGUGAGGCUCGUGCUAAGGUCAUCGCUGCCGAAGGAGAACAGAAGGCAUCACGUUCUCUACGUGAAGCCGCAUCUGUCAUUGCUCAGUCCCCAGCAGCUCUUCAACUGCGUUAUCUGCAAACAUUGAAUAGUGUCGCUGCGGAGAAAAAUUCAACAAUCAUCUUCCCACUUCCGAUGGAAUUGGUUAGGCAUCUGAUCAACUGA